UUAAAAUUUCACACCUAUCAUGUCGAAGCUACAGACCACUUAUGUGGAGGCCAGAUUUGUAGUAUCCUUCCAAUUUUCCAGGUGCUGAAAUACGUGACAUAUUUUUUGAAGGGUAAGAUCGCAUUCUACCAAAUCACACAACACUUUUUUCUAUGAUUGACAGUUCAUUGCAGAUAAAGCAAAAUGCAGUUUUAAACAGUUUGUUUGGGUGUAGUGUAAAUAUAAAUCUGAAAUUGGUACAUAAAUAAAAUUGAUUACCAUGGAAGUAAAACAAGAAACGAGUGAGAAAACUUGUAAAAUAGAAAUAGAUAAUAAUGAGACAUGUGUUGAUUCUUUGGAUGCCUUUAAAAUUGAAAUUAAAGAAGAACCCAAGAAAGAAAGUGCAUAUGACGCGUUUGUUUAUUUAGAUGUAAACACUAAAGUGGAACAAGAACAAGAUGAAUAUAAAUUUACCCCAUUUGAAGAAAACCAAACAACAAAUAAUGAAGAAAAUUGUCACCAAGUGGAAAAUAAAAUGGAAAUUAUGGAAACGUUACAUUCAUCUCAUAAAGAAAAAUGUACAGGUCAACACGCAGAAGGAAAAAUAUCAAAUACAAUUAUGGAAGUUUGGACUGGGCAAAGAUCUUACAAGUGUGAAAUUUGUUUUAAGCAGUUUACCCAAGCAGGUCAUUUAAAAGUACAUUUGAGAAUUCACACUGGAGAAAAACCUCACAAGUGUGAAAUUUGUUUUAAACAGUUUAGUCGAGCAUACGUUUUGAAAACUCAUUUGAAAGUGCACACUGGAGAAGCGCCCUACAAAUGUGAAAUUUGUCUUAAACAGUUCAUUUAUAAAAAUACUUUGGAUGGACAUAUGAAAGUUCACACGGGAGAAGCGCCAUACAAAUGUGAAAUUUGUCUUAAACAGUUCAUUUAUAAAAGUACUUUGGAUGGACAUAUGAAAGUUCACACGGGAGAAUCGUCUUUCAAAUGUGAAAUUUGUUUUAAACAGUUUAGCCUAAAAGGUAAUUUGAACAUACAUCUGAAACGCCACACUGGAGAAAAGCCUUACAAGUGUGACAUUUGUUUUAAGCUGUUUACUACAAAAGAUAAUUUGAAAAUACAUUUGAGAGUGCAUACUAGGGAAACACCUUACAAGUGUGAAAUUUGUUUUAAGCAGUUUUCUCAGAGAGGUUAUUUAAAUAUUCAUUUGAGAGUGCACACUGGGGAAAAACCUCACAAGUGUGAAAUUUGUUUUAAACAGUUUAGUGAAGCAGGUCAUUUGAAUAGACAUUUGAGAAUACACACUGGAGAAAAACCUCACAAGUGUGAAAUUUGUUUUAAACAGUUUAGUAUAGCACAUAAUUUGAAAAGACAUUUGAGAGUACAUACUGGAGAAGAACUUCACAAGUGUGAAAUUUGUUUUAGACAGUUUAGUGAAGCAUGUAGUUUAAAAACACAUUUGAGAGUGCACACUGGAGAAACCCCAUCUUCUUCAUCCUUUCAGAACUAGUUCAGAUAAAUAAGGUUUUUGUCGGGACACUUGACCAGUCAGGUUGCAAAUGGGUUUUUGGGUACUAUAUACCUAAUAAAUUAUAAAUACAAAAAUGCCUGUCACAGUUCGAACGAAAAUGGCAGCUAAUCUGGAAAGCUCAACGUAGGUGGCGCUCGUGUAGUUGGAGGUCAUGUUAACUUACGUCAAUACUUCAAAUCAAUAUAUUUCCAAGUAAAUAUUGCAUAUUUGUUUCGCUGUGUGAAUUAAACUUGAGAAAAUAAAAUCCCUCAAUGUUGUGCUGUGUAUUUGUGCUCAUCGAGAACAUCAGGACACAGGUUUCCCAAAGAUAUUCUGAUGAGAAAAAAGUGGAUUGUAGCAAUAAGAAGGAAUAAAUAUGUGCCGAGAAUAAAUGCACGUAUCUGCAAUAAACAUUUUGUUGAAACAGAUUAUGUAUUGCCCCCAGAUUCGACUGUAAAAAAUAGAAUACUUCACUAUAAAAUUCAGAUCAAAAUUUAUACGCACGGAUUAAGAUAUGCAAUUUUAUAUACAUUCACACUGUUGCCACAUCUACAAUCACUUUUUAUGGAGUGAACAUGUAAAAAAAUUUAUAUUUGAAGUAAUAAUAUAGAAAAAUGUGAAAUACUAAUUUUAAAUAUUUCUCAAGUUCUCAAUAUUUUUUAGUGACUACCUAAAACAUAACCUGACCAAACCUAACCCUAAUUUUUUCUAAUUUCACCUUAAAUUUAAGGUCGCCUUUCACGUAGACAAACACCCAAAUAAUUAUACUUAAUGAAAUUAACACAUUCUCUAUUUCCAUAAGGAAUUAUAAUUUUUUUUUUUUAAUAAGACAACAUUGCAGAAUCAACUGCGCUCAACCCAUGCUUAAACCAAAUUUACACCAAAUGCGCAACUGCCAUGGCGGCCAUAUUUUGAAAAUAUCACAUUUUUAAAUAAGAUAAACACAAAAAUUAAUGCUGAGCGCACUUAAUUGUGAAUUUUAAAUUGAUAAAAAAAGUAAGGCAGAUCGCACAUAUCAUACUUAUUAUACACAGUUGUCAGACUCGUGUGGGGAGUGAAUCAAUACCAAAUAAAUACCCUCUGAGCUAUAGAAAUAAAACAUUAAGACGAUGAUUAAAUAUAGUUUAUCAAUCGAUAAGUGCUUCCUUUUUCCAGUAACUCUCGCAUCCCUUCUCAAUUCGUUUUUUCAACGCACAAACAGUCUCCAAGAUCCGUAUAUUUCGGCCAUAAUUUAUUAUUUAUUAAAUCAUAAUCAAAAACACCAUAUACAAACUUCACGAAUAGUCAAAACUUUGACCUCCAACUACACUAGCGCCGCCAGGCGGGAGCAACGGCGUACAUAGGUGCCAUUUUAGUUAUUAACAAAUAAGUGUCAAAAAUAGCAGUUUUUUCAUUUAAAUCGCUACAGGUAAAAAUAGGGUAAUUAACCUUUAAACCUUACCCAUAUUUAAAAUUACACAUACACUGAUCUGGGGUACACUAGUACCCCAUUAAAAAAUAAGUCAAAAAGUAAUGUUUGAAUAAAUUUAUUAAAAACAACUUUUUAACACAAAUAUAACUAACGAAUUUUAAUAACGCUGUGAACAUUAUUGUUUCUCAUAACAUCCUGGACACACUUUAAUUUGAUGUUCUGCACAGAUGAAUUUUUUCCACACAUUGCACCUCGUUCCGCUCUUACGGUCUCGGGAUCGCACACAGAAUCUGCAUCUGGCUGAAUUUACAUGAGUUUCUUCUUGAAUUUCAUUAGGUCCACUUUCCUUCAAAAUCUCCGGAUAUCUUCCGGAAGAUAUGCUGGUAAAGUUGACCAAGCCAAGUAUUACUGUACCCCAAUACCUCUAUGUAGCGUUGCGUAUCGGGAGCAACUGAACGAAACAUACACUAUACCGAGCUUGUCGGCGCUGAAUCUUUAAAAUUCCAAGAAUCAUACUAAAAUUAAUUUUGCUUGGGGUACUCCAGUACCCCGGGUAGGGUUUAAAAGUAAUAGUACAUUGUUUACCGGGUAGGAAAAGCUUAACGUUCCUGGACGACUGUGAAGAUUGCUAAGUCGAGGCGCAAGCCGAGACUUAGCAACACAGAGUCCAGGAAUGUGGCUUUUCCUACGAGGUAAACAUACUAUUUUUCCGCAAAUCGUUUAAAAUUCGACAGAUAUUGAUUGAUUUAAAAAAAACGCGAUAAUUUUAUUCCCAAAUAAAUGGUGCUUUGAAAUUCCUAAUAAAAUUACUUGGGUUACUAUGGAAACGUAUUGAGGUUGAAUUGUCAAUGACUUGAUGUUUUCAAAAUAUAAAUUAAUUCCUUUUAAGCAAUGUGUUUUCUAUCAUUUAUGUAGAACACUAACAACUGUACGGAAAUAUCAUUUCCUUACAGUAAGGAAAUGACAUUUCCUUACAGUAAGGAAGUCCUGACUUUUUCUUCAAGAAAUUUUGACAGGAAUGUCAAAAUUUCCUGGCGAUUUGCGGAAAAAUAUCUUAUUUAGAGUAUUUAUCUUUUAGUAGAUGAGCAAAGGUUUAAAAUGGCAGUUUUUGAAUUUUGGUACGAUCAUUUGUUACUUUGCUAAUUGCAAAAUAAGACUAGAAUUUCGAAAAUAAAAAAUUUGCUAUAACUUUUGCGAAAAUGAACUUUGAAGUCUUUGAUAUUGCACAAAAAGUUGAUUCAACCAGUACAUAAUAUAAUGCAUAAACAAUUUCAAGAUGAUUCGUCAAUUACUUAAAAUUUUAUUCAAUUUGUUUAUACCAAAGAGCUUUUUUGCAAUGGUAGGGUAAAUGCGGGUAAUAGCGGACGCUUAAGGUAUUUUACCUAUAAAAAUAUCAAUUAUUACUUCAUAGUAUUUAAAACAUGUGCAAAUUAAAUGAUAAAGACUACUUAUUGAUACUUUAUUUAAAAAGCAGCAUAAACAACGAUACAACUAAUGUAAUAAACAUUAAAAAAUAGAGUUGUGUCCGGUUUUAGCCAUGCUUGUCGGGUAAUGGCGCCAGAGGGCCGCUAUUAGCCGUUUCCCAAUUUUAUUGGCAAAAGUCACACACAAAUAUUUUUUUGUGCAUCAGUACAUGCUUUAUGAGCCCAAAGUGUACAUAAUGUGCAUCUCAUCCAUACCUCGUUUUUUCCAAAUUCUCCUCAGACUAAGCAAAUAUCUUCAUUAAUAUCUUUGUCUUCUUCACUGUCCCAAAAAAUUUUUUGCUGAUCAGUUUCGCCCGCAUAGUUUACCUUUGUUUCUCUUAGAUUUUUCUUGCUUCUCGGAUUGCUUUUCUUCCACAAUUCUCCUUUUCGCAAUAAUUCGCUUUGAAGAGUCAACUUUUUUAGACAUUUUUCUUCUAGUUCUGCUUUAAAUGGUGUUGAAGUAAAAAUUUUAGAGUGUUGUCUUUUGCUGUUUCGAGUCUUCUAUUUUGUUUCCGAUGCACAAGGCAAUGCUGAUAUUUAUACAUAACUGGUUACUACAGCAUCGUUUUCUGUCUUAUUUACUUCAGCUGACGCUUUGUUCUCAUUCUUAGUUGAAGUCAAAGGAAUGGGAGAUUUCUCAGUUGUUGAACGGCAUUUGACUUCAGUUGAUGAUUUUUCAGAAGUUGUUUCAUUCUCCUUUUGAACACGUGUAAUAUUUAAAUUAUUUUCGGUCUCUUCACUGGUCUGCUAUCAUUCAGAGUCGCUGCAGGUAAGAAAAGGGGUCAGUCCGCAAUUACCCGCUUGUCCGCCAUUAACCAAAAUCAUGUGUCCGGUAUUAGCCGAAAUGCAUGUUCAAAAAUAUUAGGUUAUAACGGCGAUCUCAUAAGGAAUUAAUGAAAAUAAUUAUGUUCAAAUGCUCACUAAAGAAUCAUAUUCAAAUACCUGCACUGGAGAGACAAAUAUUGCAAUAUUUAAAAAUAUUUACCUACCUUUAAAAAACAGUUUGUUGUAAUGCAUACUCAAGAAAUCACUUUUCGUUUGAGAAAUUUACAAGCGUAGCACUACUGUAUUGCUACACUUAGCGCGACAAAGUAAAUAUUAGAGAUUUAGUCUGGCCACAGACUCUGGCCAAAAUAUAAUGUGUCCGGAUUUAGCCGCGUGUCUGCCAUUACCCGACUUUACCCUAUUAUUCAGACAAUUAUAAUGAUACAGCAAUUCUGUGGAAACCACAUGAAAGAAGAAUACUUAUAUUUUCAAAGUAUUUAAAAAAAAUCAAUAAAAAGUCAUUUUUGGCUUAUAAACAAUUGAAUAGCUUUGUUAAUAUCGACUGUAGAGUAAAUCUACUUUGGGAUUUCAAAAGCUGGUAUUUUUACACGAAUUUAAAAAAAAGAACUUUUUGCCUAGGUUAAUUACGGUCAAAGUUAUCCGCUUUUAUUAUUUAAUUCACAGUUACUUCUAUAUACAGAAAAUUCUUCCGUAACAGCGUUAGUUACCAUACUCCUCCGAAACGGUUUGACCGAUUUUUAUAAAAUUUUACACAUAUCCUCUAGGACUGAGAAUAGGUUGUAAUCUAUUUUUCAUACCCAUAAGUUAUGAUAGGGGGUUGCCCCCUGACUUUUAUUUUUUUGGACAAAAUUGUCUACUUUAAUUUUAUAUGAUGUAGAAUUAAAAAAUACGUACAACCCUUAAUUUUCACUCUUCUAUCACCAACCCCUCUUCUAUUACCCAAGCAAAUCGUUUAAAAGCAUAUUUGAGAGUACACACUGGAGAAGAACUUCACAAGUGUGAAAUUUGUUUUAAGCAAUUUAACCAAUAACAAAGUUUAAAAAAACAUUUAAGAGUACACACUGGAGAAGAACUUCACAAGUCGUCCUAUUAAAGGUAAAACUCACUAAGUGCACAUUUUUGAGAUUUUGACAUUUUAUUUAUUUAUUUAUCUAGUUAUUUAUUAAUCAUACGGGAAAAGCCCAUUAAUAGUAUAAUUAUAAAGUAAAUAAUAAUAAUAAGUAGCAUCAACACAAUAAAAGUAGUACUCAUGAAAGAAGACAAUGCAAUAAUACAAAUAAUCACAAUAUACCUAAAAUAUAAAAUGUAACAAAUAUAACAUAUAACACUUAAUUUAACAAGACGUAUUAAGGCCAUCGGUACAUAAUUCGCAAAUAUUUUACGGCUAUCUCUACUUUUUCUGUCUUUACACGGCAAAUUACGUGAAGUAAAAUUCUCACUGGUAUGGAUAUGUAAACUUUACUUGACAAUGUCAUCAUUAACUUUAAAGAUGACUUUUGAAUGUUCUUGGAUAACUGUUACUUGUAUAAUUAAUUGCCUUAACUAUUAAUUCAGUUAAUUAAUAUGAUUAUUUCAUUCAUAGGAGAUUCUGACCAAUAGAAAGCUACAGAAAUUAAACUGAUAAUUUUUGAUAAUUUCCCGUCGUCAAGUAUAUUACGUCAGAUGCCCUUCGUUGCUAUGAAAAAAUACAUUCAGUGAUAUUAAUGACAAGUAAUGUUUUAAAAAUUAUAAAAGUGAUUAUUUUCAACCGUAAAAUAUUUAUAACAACUGUGUGUUUAAUUGUACUAAUUUGUACUUACAUAAAUAAAUUACAAUAAAAUUUUGGUUUUGAACAGUUUUAUUCAUGAAAUAAUCGCAACAAAUUGCACUCGAUCUCUAAAAUUAAUAUAUAAUUUUUGCCCUCGUGACACUUCGACAUAAUUUCACUCGCCUUCGGCUCGUACUGUCAAAGUAUCAUUCGGGAAAAAUUCAAUAAUUUUAGAGCUCUUGUGCAAUUACUACUGAUAAUUUUUUUCACUAACUAUGUAUUCAGUGAUUGUAAUAAUUUAUCUACUGUACAACAAAAACUAAUAAUCGAGAAAAGAGGAAAAGUGAUAAAGUGAUAUUUUAAUAAUAUAUUGUUACUAUGAAACGCGUACAAUUUUGAACAUCUUUAACAACAAAAUACUUGGAUCACUGAAUAUUGGGACCGUGCAAGUUCGAAUAAGCGACACCUGGUUUCAUAGCUCGGCAACACUUUUCGCACUUUUAAUUAUAUUGGCCAAUUAUAUUAGUCUGGUUGCUGGAUAAUUGUCAAGUCCAUAGUCCAAAACAAGUUAUAAGAAGAAAAAUUAAUAUUAAGGUUAUGUUAUUAAAAGGUAAACAAUUGUAUGUAGUAAAUAAAAUUAAUUAUUAAAAUGCAGUACUGCAAGCAAAAUACAAUAAAUUAAUUUACUUUUAUAUAAUAAUUUCGUAUCAUAUCAAUAUUGUGGAGCAACAUAUUUUUAUGAAACCCAUAGGAUGUUCUGUGGUAAGAGACACUGAGUGUUUUAUCAACGAAUAUAUAGCCCUAGAAGAAGCUUUUAUAUGAAACAGAUGGUCACCUUUAUAAGCAGGCUUGUUGACGAGGGAUGUUGCGGCCGCAGUGCGGGCGAUGAUGAGAUGACGGUGACUACGGACGUUGUCAGAUCUAUGCACCUCCAUAGCACCUACUCAGUUGGAACGCAAGAUUCUAUGCUAAAACGUUACAGGGCCGUACCCUUCUACUCACUAUAUAUUCUUUGGUUUUAUGAUAGCGCAGGGCUCGAUAGGGAACAUUAAAAUCAGUUUGGCUCAAGAGACUUAGACAUUCAAUUUGUGGGUUAAUCAACUUAUGUAGAAAGAUUGCACCAGAGAUGUCACGAUGUAAUCUGAGAAGAAAUACAGUUUAGUACAGAGAGAGAUGGGAUUCUGCAGUUGAGUAAUCAUGGUUAACUAUAGUUAGAUAAGGUUUGAAUGCGCAGUAACGUAAACAUUUAUGUUGGAUCCUCUCGACCGUAUCGAUAGGUUUUGAUAGUAAGGAGACCAAACUACCCAACAGUACUCCAACAAGGAUCUAACAAUUGAGCAAUAAACCAAUCUCGUUGCUACCACAGAAAAACACUUACAAUUUCUGAUAACGAAACAUAGAAACAUAGAUGCCUUUACAGAAAUAGUAUUAAUGUGUUCUACAAAAGAAAGUUUUUCAUCCAUAAUGACACAUAAGUCUUUAAUGGAAGAAACGCGAUUGAGUGGUUGGUUACAUAUAGAAUAACUCGUUUCAACCCUCCCAACCUUAUGUGUAAAACUUAUGAAAGAGCACUUAUUGGUAUUUAAAUUAAGUCUAUUUUGAACGCACCAGGCAUAUAGACAGUCUAAAUCCUCCUGUAACAAAUCUUGGUCUCUAAUCGUUUCUAUAACUCUCCAGAAUUUUAAAUCAUUAGCAAACAUUAAACACUAUUACGAAAGCAGCAAAUUAUAUCACUAACAAAGAUGUUAAAAAGGAGAGGUGAAGUAUGACCACCGUGAGGAACUCCAGAGCUUAGUUUUAUUUCAUCGGAGAGAUGACUACCAAUCUUCACCCUUUGACUGCGUUUAAGUAAUUUUUUAUCCACUCCGAAAAUUCAGCAUGAAAACCAAACAAGACCAACUUACACAAAAGAACUUGAUGAUCCACACGAUCAAAGGCCUUAGAGAAAUCUGUGUAUAUUGCAUCAAUUUGCUUACGAUCCUCCAUCUGAGUAAGAAGGUCAGACUGAUAGCAUACCAAAUUUGUCGCAGUGGACUUAUUUUUACAAAAACCAUGUUGUGACUCAGAUAGUAAAUAUCGAUAAGACCAAGAAAUUUGCUUAGAUACAAGGCAGUCAAACAGUUUAGGAAUAGCAGAUUGGAUGCAGAUACUACGGUAAUAUUCAACAUUAUCUUAAAUACAGGUACAAUAUAACUUUCCUUCCAGGCCAUCGGAAACGUCGAAGUUUCCAAGGAUUUAUUAAAUAAUAAAAAUAAUGUCACAACAAUCGGACAAACACUUUUUCAACAGGAAAUUUGGGACAUCUGGACCAGUAGUGAGCUUAUUGGAAAUCAAGCUAAUACAAUUAAAAAUAUCAGAAACAAAAAUAGGAUGUGUAUGAAUGCUUACAUUUGAGUUUUUAAUUUCGGAAAUUGUAGGCAAUUGAGAGUGAUUGUUGUUAGGUAUGUAUACUGUCUGAAAGAAAUUCAUAAACAACUUGGCUAUAUCUAGACCAUUAGAAGCUGUAGGUUGCUGGUAAAAUAAGGAAUUAGGUAAAUGAUGACCUGACCCUUUGUCAUUAAUAUACUUCCAAAAGGAUUUAAGGUUAUUAAUUAGGUCUGACUCAAUCCCUCCAAUAUGGUUGUUAGGGGGCGUUCAAGUGUUACGUAACGCGAUUUUUCAAGAUUAUUGACCCCCCACCUGUGUAACGCACCGUAAUACGGCGUUCAAGUAUUACGUAACGCAAUUUUUGAAGAUUUUUGACCCCCCUCCUCCCAACCUGCGUUACGUAAUACUUGAACGGUCCGUUAAAAUAUAUUUCAGAUAAACGUUUACAGUUUCCAUUUAGCUCUAAGACGUGAAAACUUCAUAUACUCAUUGUCAGAAUGAUUUUUAAGAUAAAGAAGGUGUGCAUACUUUUUCACCCUUGUCAAUUUUCUUAAAUCUGAGGAGAACCAUUUAGGAAAGGUAUGUAGAUGUUCUAUAUUUUUUCAGACAUUGAUUAAUAAUAUAAAGUGAUAACAAAUUACGAGCCCUAACAAAUAUAAUAAAAUGGGACAAACUAAAAUAAAUGCAUAAUUCAGAUAAUUUAUUUAUUUAUUUCAAAUGUUUUUCAAUGUUAAAUUAAUGCACAUAUGUACAGUGCACAUAUUCUAAAGGUGCUGGUGGGGGAUGGUGUCUAUUCGAAGUAUUAGAUAUAGACUGUGUAUGGGAGAGAAGUGUUAGAUGCCUUGAUAGUUUCGGCAUACCAGCCACAAGCACUUAGACUGACUGUCGAUUGACAGCUGAUUGAAUUGAUAUUUUAAACUACAUUAUUCUGCUUUAAGGACCGGUUUUUCAGUGGGCGGUUAAAAUUUUGGUUAGCUAACCUAGUUUAAAUUUUAACCAAUAUUUUAACCCUCAUAGCGUUUUUCAGUGCUUUAAAUCAAGUUAAGAAAAUCUUGGUUAGCUCACUACUUUUUUCUUCUGUUGGCAGCAGUAACUGUACGUGCGCAUGUGCAAUUCGAGAAAUAAUGAUUAAUUUUACAGAAAAAUAGAUAAAAGACAAUUUCAUAACCAAAUUAAAAAAUAUAUUAAUGCAAUGCAAUAUCAAGUUCGGAAUCUUUGUUUAGUUCAUAACGUCUACAGCGGUUUCAUAACAGAAGAGAAUUAGAAUUACUGAGACGAUUUAGACUUUUUUCCGAUUUUGUUUGUCAAAUACCACGGUCUUAUCACUAUUUGAACAUAUUGACCAGGAAAUAAGAAGUCAGACUCUUUGGUAAAUAAUUAUGUAUUUUGCUGUGUAGACAAAUAUAAAAUAAUCUGUUUAAAAUAUUACUAGGAAUCAUGCAUUAAAUCCUGUUACAGUAAGUACAUACACUACGGCGCAUUAAAACAACUCAGACAAAAGAAAGAGCACACGAUGCCGAAUAUAAAAGACAAGAAUGGAAACGUACUAACAGAAGAAAAACAAAUAAUGGAAAGAUGGAGAGAACAUUUCAAAGAGCUAACUCAUGCAGACACGGACAACAUAGGGGAGAUACAAGAAAGGAAUGAAGAACAACAAGUGGAAUCCAUAACAAGAGAGGAAUUAGAGAAAGCAAUAGAAAGAGUAAAAUUGGGCAAAGCACCAGGCAAGGAUCAUAUCACCCCGGAAAUGAUCAAAUUCAUGGGGACAGAGGGAAUGGAUAGCAUGAAAGAACUAAUGAAUGAUAUCAUAAAUAGAGCCGAAUUACCAAAGGACUGGAAGAAAGACAUUAUACUACCAAUACACAAAAAAGGAGACAAGCGAAACUGCAAUAAUUACCGAGGUAUCACCAUAUCAAGUAUCCCUGGGAAGGUAUUCGCAAGAAUAAUAGAGACAAGAAUAAAAACCCAAAUAGACACAACUAUGGAAGACACACAGUGUGGAUUCAGGAAGGACAUAAGCACGCAAGACCUAAUAUUCACAUUAAGACAAGUAAGUGAGAAGGUAAUCAAGAAGAAUAGAGAGAUACAUAUGUGCUUCAUUGACCUGGAAAAGGCGUUUGACAGAAUCCGGAGAAAGAACGUAUGGAAGACACUAAAAGAAAGGGGAGUCGACAGACACAUAAUAGAAGUAAUAAAGGAUAUGUACAAAACUAAUACAAAUACGAUAAGAACCAAUAACGAGGAAUCCAGAGAAUUUACUACAAGUCAACGCGUCAAACAGGGAUGCGUGCUGAGUCCACUGCUAUUCUCAGUGGUACUGGAUGAAGCGAUAAAGAAAGCCAAGAGAAGAAUGAGAAAACUAACAUUAGGAUACUGGUAAAUGAAACGGACUCAACUAUCGGAGCUACUAUUCGCAGACGACAUGGUAUUGAUAGCAGAAGACAGAGAAGACCUACAGAACAAUCUUGAAAUCCUAGAAGAAGAACUAUCAAACAUAAAUAUGAAAAUUAAUACAGAGAAAACAAAAACAAUGAUAAUUUCAAAUACGAGGAAGACACACGCAAUAGAAUGAGACGGGAAACAAUUAGAGCAAGUGGAAUAUUUUAAAUACCUAGAAGUAAUAAUCGAAGCAAAUGGUAAACAAGACAUGGAAAUAAACGAGAGAAUGGGACGAACAGGAAGCUUAUUUAACGCUAUGAAAACAACAUUUUUGGGGAAAAAAGAGAUACCGGAGAAAGUAAAAACGGCAGUCGUUAAAUCAGUAGUUAGACCAACAAUCAUGUAUAGCAGCGAGACAUGGACAUUGACGGGGAGACAAAAAUCCAGAGUCAAUGCUAUGGAAAUGAGGUUCCUGAGGAAAAUAGCAAACAGAAAGAGGACAGACAAAAUACGAAGCGAAACAAUUAGACAAAACCUAAAACUGGAACCAAUUAAUGAAAAAAUAGUGGAGGGACAACUUAGAUGGUUCGGGCACGUGUGUAGAAUGUCGAACGAGAGGCUUACAAAACGAGUGUUCGAAACGAGAGUGCAGGGGAAAACAAAAGAGGAAGACCAAGAGUUAUGUGGGUAGAUGAAAUCCGGAAAGAAGUCGAGAAGAAGGGAAUGACAUUGGAAAGUGCAAGGAACCUAACGCAAGAUCGGAAAGCAUGGAGACUACAAUGCCAAACUCAACUCCACCAGCCUUACACCUAAAGGUAGAAAGGCUUAGGACUAAGUAAGUAAGUACAGUAAGUGUAAACAUAGGUAACUGUUACAGUUAUAUUUAAAUAUAUUUCCUUACAAUUCCUUCCUAUACAAUAACGAUAAUAAUUUAUAAUUUCAAUAAUAAUAAUUUCCUUAUAAUAAUAGGGAGGUAUUAGAAUACUUCCCGCGAUGAAAGAAAAUAACAUAACCCAACUAAUGCCUUCUAUCAGGCAGGCAGGUACUCAAAAAAAUAAACAGGAUCCAUUCAUUGCACCAAUGCGCAAUCGUAACCGCAAAAUUCGGAGUUAAACUAUCUAACAAGAAUCGGUCAAAAUCGUGGUUAACUUAAACGAGUUUAAGCUCUAACCUAGUACUGAUUAAACAUGAAUCUUUCGGUGACCAAAAAAUAAAUAGGUUAACUCAGCACUGAAAAACCGGCCCUAAGGGUAGCAAACACCCAAGACUAUUUAACUUGACUAACUAACUGACUCUAUUAACCCGAAUCUAUUCGCGUUCCCUUAUUUAUAAUUCAUCGUUAUGUAAAUAUGUUUGCCCAUAUUUUUUUAUUACUGUGUCAAGUUUAUGUUGUGAUCAUAAACAACCUUGCUGAUGUUUGCAAAACUACAUUGCGUGCACUUUACCUAAGGUGUUCUACUUACGAAGUUAACCGUGUGCUUGAUGUUUAUUGUUUUAUAAAUAAAUAUCUAAUGAUUAAUUUAGUUUUAGGUUAAGGAUUUUUAAAAGAUCUGAAUAAUGAGUUAAAUCCUAUUAUAUUUAAAGUAGCGUUCAAAUUAUUUAGCGGCAUAGGUUAAGCGAUGUAACACAGAAAAUUGGCUGUCCCGUUUAGGAUCCUGACUACAAAUACAUGCUGAAUUAGUGAACCCUCAAUUAUUAAUUUUUAAAUAUCAGCACAUAGCUGACUCUAUAAUACUAUUUUAUUUAUUACAUUCCUGCAUUUCUUCAAUAAUUUUCCGGUUCAGUAAAAUGUUUAUGGUUUGUUUGUAUUUUAGGUUGUCCGCGGGGGGAAAAUAAAAUGACAAUUAUGGAAACAUCAGAUUCACCUCAUAGAGGAAAAUAUACACUUCAACACGCUGAGCGACAAAUAUUAAAUAAAAAUAUGAAAUUUGGGACUAGACAAAGACCUCACCAGUGUGAAAUUUGUUUUAAGCAGUUUAGUCAAGCAGGUCAUUUAAAAAGACAUUUGAGAGUGCACACUGGAGAGAAACCUCAUAAGUGUGAAAUUUGUUUUAAGCAGUUCUCUCUUAAAUAUAAUUUGCGAAAACAUUUGAGAGUACACACUGGAGAAAAACCUCACAAGUGUGAAAUUUGCUUUAAGCAGUUUACUACUACCAGUCAGUUGAAAACUCACUUGAGCAUGCACACUGGAGAAAAACCUCACAAAUGUGAAAUUUGUUUUAAGCAGUUUACUACUACCAGUCAGUUGAAAACUCACUUCAGAAUGCACACUGGAGAAAAACCUCACAAGUGUGAAAUUUGUUUUAAGCAGUUUAACCUAUCAUGUAAUUUAAAAGUACAUUUGAGAAUUCACACUGGAGAAAAACCUCACAAGUGUGAAAUUUGUUUUAAGCAGUUUAGUGAAGUAGGUACUUUGAAAACACAUUUGCGAGUACACACUGGAGAAACACCUUACAAGUGUGAAAUUUGUUUUAAGCAGUUUACCGAUAGAAGUAAUUUACACAGACAUUUAAGAAGGCACACUGAAGAAAAGCCUCACAAGUGUGACAUUUGUUUUAAGCAGUUUAGUGAAGCAGGUACUUUGAAAAGACAUUUGCGAGUACACACUGGAGAAAAACCUCACAAGUGUGAAAUUUGUUUUAAGCAGUUUAGUGAUAGAAGUAUUUUACACAAACAUAUAAAAAGGCACAAUGGAGAAAAACCUCACAAGUGUGAAAUUUGUUUUAAGCAGUUUACUACUAUUGGUCAGUUGAAAAUCCACUUAAGAACGCAUACUGGAGAAAAACCUCACAAGUGUGAAAUUUGUUUCAAGCAGUUCUCUCAUAGAAAUACUUUGAAAACACAUUUGCGACUACACACUGGAGAAACACCUUAAAGCUCAUUUGAAAGUGCACACUAGAGAAAAACCGUACAGUUGAGGCCUAUAGAAUCAACACCUGCUAUAAAAUGCCAGAAAAUGGGAUUUUAUGUCUGGCGACCCACCUUCUGAUGUUUUUUCAUAUUCGCGACCCAUCCCUCACCUCCAUCAGCUGUAAGUGUAAGCCCGACACAUUUGGACCAAUUAGUUCCAUUUUCGCGAAUAAAACUAUCCAAGAGAUCGAAAAUGUUUUAGCCUGUUGUAGUGGUGUUUAGUGUGUGGCAAAAUAACAUUUCUUCUUCAACUGAUCCAUUGAAGCUAAACCUUACUAGGCAUAACAGACUAACUUUCUCAGCAAUAUCUGUACUUUCGUCUAAUUGUAAAAAAUAAAAGUAAUUUUCUUUCAUAGCAGGUAUUAAACUCCUUUACGUUAACAUACAUUUCCUUGAUUCUAUUAAUAUUAUUAGUAUCUUAAAAUACUAUUGUGCGCAGCAGAAGUAUAAUAAAUGUUCAGGAACUUGA